AUGCAGCUGGAUGGCCUUCUUCCCCUGCUGAGUGCUGUGGCCUGUGGGCUCUUAGCUCUUCUAGUUCCAGGCCAAGCCCAGGAUCCUGCCAGCCCCAUCCGGAACACAAGCACAGGGCAGGUGCGGGGCAGCCUCAUCCAAGUGAGUGGCACCGGUGUGGGGGUCCACUCCUUCCUGGGAAUUCCGUUUGCCAAGCCACCUGUUGGACCACUACGUUUUGCAGCCCCUGAGGCCCCUGAGCCCUGGAGUGGUGUGAGGAACGGGACCUCCUACCCUGCCAUGUGUCUGCAAAAUGCUAGUAUUGUGAAUGCACGAGUGCAGAUGCUGCUAGAUGUGACUGUGCCUUCCAUCGCCAUGUCUGAGGACUGCUUGUACCUGAACAUCUAUACUCCAGCCAAUGCCCAUGAGGAUUCUAAACUGCCUGUGAUGGUAUGGAUCCAUGGUGGUGCACUAGUUGCGGGCAUGGCUUCUACACACGAUGGAUCCAUUCUGACGGCUUCUGAGAAUGUGGUGGUGGUCACAAUCCAGUAUCGCCUGGGUGUCCUGGGUUUCUUCAGCACUGGAGACCAGCACGCCCCUGGCAAUUGGGGCUACCUGGACCAAGUGGCUGCCCUACGCUGGGUGCAACAGAAUAUCGCCCACUUCGGAGGCAACCCUGACCGUGUCACCAUUUUUGGAGAGUCUGCGGGUGCAACAAGUGUGUCCUCCCUUGUUAUUUCCCCAAAGUCCCAAGGACUCUUCCACGGAGCCAUCAUGGAAAGUGGGGUGGCUGUGCUUCCAGGCCUCUUCUCCAAUUCAUCUGAGGCUGUCAGUACAGUGAUGGCCAACCUGUCUGGCUGUGGGCAGGUGGACUCAGAGGCCCUGGUGAGGUGUCUGCGGGGCAAGAGUGAAGAGGAAAUGCUGGCUAUUACCAAGACCUUCAAGAUCAUCGCUGGUGUAGUGGAUGGGGUCUUCCUGCCCAGGCACCCACAGGAGCUGCUGGCCUCUGCUGAUUUUCGACCUGUCCCUAGUAUCAUUGGUGUCAACAAUGAUGAGUGUGGCUGGAUUCUUGCCACGUACCUGGAAUUCCCUGGAAAUGAGAGUGAAAUGGACCGAAUGACUGUACAGGCUGCACUGCAAAGCGUGGCAGCACAGAUGAUGUUGCCUGUUAAGUUUGCUGACCUGGUGAUGCAAGAAUACAUGGGAGACAAUAAGGACCCCCACACCCUGAAACUUCAGUUCCUGGAGAUGAUGGCAGACUUCAUGUUCGUGAUCCCUGGGCUUCAAGUAGCACACAGUCAGCGCACCCAUGGCACCGUCUAUUUCUAUGAGUUCCAGCAUUCUCCCUCCUUCUUCAAAAACACCAGGCCCUCCUAUGUAAAGGCUGACCAUGGCGAUGAGGUUCCCUUUGUCUUCGGGUCUUCCUCCUGGGGCAUGCCAGUUAACUUCACUGAGGAGGAGAAGCUGCUGAACAGGAGGAUGAUGAAGUAUUGGGCCAACUUUGCCAGAAAUGGAGAUCCCAAUGGUCAGGACCUGCCCUACUGGCCUCCAUUGGACCUUGAAGAGCAGUACCUGCAGCUGAACAUCCCGCCUUCUGUGGGUCAAGCUCUGAAGGCCUCUAGGCUGAAGUUCUGGACAGAGACACUGCCUCGCCAGUUGGGUGCUGCCCAGGAGAAUCAAGCAGGCCCUCGGUGGUCUUUACACGUAAGCCUGCUAUUAUUUGCACUGAGUCUGCACACACUGUGAGGGCCACGGCUGCAGGAUCUGCAUGAUCACUGUGGAUCUGCAAAGAGGUUGAGCUUUGAGAUAUUUCAUCCACAUGGGAUUGGGGUUUAGAAGAGCCACACGUGUCUA